CCAAUAUUAAACAUUAAAUGGUCUUUCUCAAACUCAUAUUACACACAACCAUUGCGAUAAUAUUCAUAAGUUGCCCAAUAUCAAUUAGCUCUUAUUAUUUAUAUGAUCAUAUACAAACUGACAAAUCAUAAGUAAUAUUUUGUAUAACAUAUAGACAGUCUACGCAUUAAAAAUACCUUUGACUUAUUUUAUAUUAUAUCAUUUAGGAGUCAUUUAUAUUUGGGUUAUUUUAAUUUGGCAUGCCUAUUUAGGAACUGGAGAUAAUUUUAGAAACUUACUUAUCAAUAUCUGGCAAAAUCACUACAAAGUCUCUUAUCCAAUUGUAUUGUUUAAUGAGGUAGAAUAUUUUAAGUAAUUCAACUAGAUUUUUAGUUUUGUUAUAGCUCUCUAUGGGACUUUUGAUACAAACCUAUAAAAAUAUACAGCAACCCAGUUAUUGUAUUAUGCAUCUGCUUUUUUUGUAUGCAAUCAUGUUUACUCAUUUUAUUCAAGAAACAUUGUUCGAAGAAAUGAUGUAAAUUAACUUCCACAUUGUGACAAAAGAUUAUUUUAAACAUACGAAUACCUUUUUUAUUUUUAAACAUUGAUCAUUUUUGUUUGUAAAUUAUUGUGUUUUUUAUUUUAGGCUUCUAUUAUUCUAUCAAAUUUGAUAAUUUGCAAAAAGAAAUUAAACCUUUUAUAAAAUUUCUUAUCAACUAGUUAAUGUUCCAUGUCUUUGAGAUUACAAAAAUAUAUUUUGUCAUAAAUCUAUUCGUUUUAAUUUAAUUCCUUUAAGUUAUAAUAGAUGGUAUCUAAUUAGUUAUUGACUAUAAUUAAAUUUCUUAUAUAAUUGCUGGUCUAACUAUUGCAAGCAUAAUUAUAGCAUUUGUCUAUAAUUUACAUAUAUUAGUAAAUAUAUAUAUAUUUCAAGGGUUAAUAUUAUUUGUAACUAAGGAAUUGUAGAGAUGGGAGAUUUUUUAAUGAUAACCCUUAAGUUUAAAUCACUAAUUUGAGAGAAGAAGAUUUAGAAAAGUUAGAAAUUAAAUCCUUUAAUUCCUAAUUAGAAGUGUAAUAAAAAAGAAACUAAGCUGUAGAUUUAGCUUAGUUAGAAGAAUAAAAUAAUAAUACUAUAUAAUGCCCAAUUUGUGGAGAUGACUUUCAAAAACGAUAGAAAAUUAUAUUGUUAGAAUGCUAACAUAUAUUUCAUUCAGACUGUCUAAUAAAAUGGCUCAAAAUUAAAAAUUCUUGUCCUUACUGUAGGAGAUCAGCAGUAAAUUGUUAAUAAUGA